GGAGGCAGCGGGAGGGCGGGCGGCUGAGUGGGCCCGGAGCUGCAGGGCCGGAGCGGCGGUGCCGCCAUGUCCGACACCGAGAAGCUCAACCUGGACUCUAUUAUCGGACGCCUGCUAGAAGUGCAAGGCUCGCGGCCUGGGAAGAAUGUCCAGCUGACCGAGAACGAGAUCCGUGGUCUGUGCCUCAAGUCCCGUGAGAUCUUCCUGAGCCAGCCCAUUCUUCUGGAACUGGAGGCACCCCUCAAGAUAUGUGGUGACAUCCACGGCCAGUACUACGACCUUCUGCGGCUGUUUGAGUACGGCGGCUUCCCCCCAGAGAGCAACUACCUCUUCCUGGGAGACUACGUGGACCGGGGCAAGCAGUCUCUGGAGACCAUCUGCCUGUUGCUGGCCUACAAGAUCAAGUACCCCGAGAACUUCUUCCUGCUCCGUGGGAACCACGAGUGUGCCAGCAUCAACCGCAUCUACGGCUUCUAUGAUGAGUGCAAGAGACGCUAUAACAUCAAACUGUGGAAGACCUUCACCGAUUGCUUCAAUUGUCUGCCCAUCGCGGCCAUCGUGGAUGAGAAGAUCUUCUGCUGCCACGGAGGCCUGUCCCCGGACCUGCAGUCCAUGGAACAGAUCCGACGUAUCAUGCGGCCCACAGAUGUGCCUGACCAGGGCCUGCUGUGUGACCUGCUGUGGUCCGACCCCGACAAGGACGUGCAGGGUUGGGGCGAGAACGACCGAGGCGUCUCGUUUACCUUCGGGGCUGAGGUGGUAGCCAAGUUCCUGCACAAGCAUGACUUGGACCUCAUCUGCCGGGCGCAUCAGGUGGUGGAAGAUGGCUACGAGUUCUUUGCCAAGCGGCAGCUGGUGACACUCUUCUCAGCUCCCAACUACUGCGGCGAGUUUGACAACGCCGGUGCCAUGAUGAGUGUGGACGAGACUCUUAUGUGCUCCUUCCAGAUUCUGAAGCCCGCCGACAAGAACAAGGGGAAGUACGGGCAGUUCAGUGGCCUGAACCCUGGAGGCAGGCCCGUCACCCCACCCCGCAAUUCCGCCAAAGCCAAGAAAUAGCCCCCCUGUGCCCGCCCCUCUGCCCCAGUUGUUGCAUCGACUGUACAGAAGCCACGCUGCCAUGGGGGGCAGGCCGGCCUCUCAAGCCCACAUCACAGGGACACGGAGCUAUGGUCUGUUUUCCUUUUUUUAAUGAAUCAAUAGCAGUCCAGUUCCCAGGGUUCCUUCCUGCCUGCGCCCGUGGGGGCUACAGCUGGAUCCUGGGGCUGGGCUGCAGCUCAGGGUAAAGGCAGGCCAGGUCGUGGGUCUCCAGCCGUGCUGGGCCUCAAGGCUGGCAGCCGGAUCCUGGGGCAACCCAUCUGGUCUCUUGAAUAAAGAUCAAAGCUGGAUUCUUGC